AUCCUCCUCGCUUUCUCCACUCCUCUACUCUGCCUCUCCCUCCCUCUCUCCCUCCUUUCUGUCUUCCUCUACUCGCCCUCUCUCUCUGGUCUGUUCCCUCUCUUGGUCUGGGUGGGCAUCAGAGCAGGAUGCAGGGCAGGGUGUGUGUGUGGAGUGUGUCCGUCCUCCUGUCGAUGACACUGGGAUGGACCCAGGCUCAAAGCCAGACCACUAACUUUACAAGGCCUAUCUUCCACUGUGGAGGUCACUUGGUGACUGAAUCAGGCUUCGUGGGCAGUGAGGGUUUCCCCAGCCACUACAAACCCAACAGCAAAUGCACCUGGUACAUCACUGUCCCCGAGGGCCACGUUGUCAUGCUUUCCUUCCGCAUGUUUGACCUGGAGGCCGACCCCACCUGUCGCUAUGACUACCUGGAUGUGUACAACGGCCACUCCCACACCAUGCAGAAGCUGGGCAGGUUCUGUGGGACGUUCCGGCCCGGGGCUCUCAUCUCUACCUCCAACACCAUGAUGCUGGAGAUGGUGUCUGACAGCAGUACAGGAGGUCGGGGGUUCGCGGCUCACUACCAAGGAGGGAAACCACACGUGGAGGAGAAUCAGUUCUGUGGGGGUAGACUAACGAAGGCUCAGGGUUCGGUCAAGACACCCAACUGGCCCAACUCAGAUUACCCAGCAGGCAUCAGCUGCUCCUGGCACAUCUCCGUGGAGCCCAGCAAUGUGAUCGAGAUCAAGUUUGUGAAGUUGGAUAUAGAGGCUGACACGUACUGUCGCUAUGACUACGUGGCAUUCUUUAACGGGGGUGAAAGGGACGACUCGCGGCGCAUCGGGAAGUACUGUGGUGACAGGGUACCAGGGACCCUAGUGACCAAUGGGAACGAGCUCCUGGUGCAGUUUGUAUCUGACCUCAGUGUGACCUCCAACGGCUUCAUGGCCCACUACUCCAGCGUGCCCCGGGGGUCCCGGACGCCCUCCUCCGGGGAAGACAACAUCCAUGGGUCUCGGGUCGCCGCAAUACCCCAGAAACCUACCUCCAAGCCGACCAAACCAGCCCGGAACACUCCUAAACCCAAGCCAGCCAUCAGGGCCAAGCCCACCCCAAAACCAGCCACCAGACCUGGGGUGAGGAUACCAGUGAAGCCUCCACCACGUAAGCCUACAGUCAAGCCUGGAGUCAGACCCAUACCUAAACCUGGUACCAAGGCUAAACCAACCCCUAAGCCUGGUACCAAGGCUAAACCAACCCCUAAACCUGGUACCAAGGCUAAACCAACCCCUAAACCUGGUACCAAGGCUAAACCAACCCUUAAACCUGGUACCAAGGCUAAACCAACCCUUAAACCUGGUACCAAGGUGAAAUCCAAGCCCACACCAAAACCAGGGACUAAGCCUAAAACCACAGCUAAGCAUGGACCGAGCCGGACUAAGACUGUGACUAAGAAACCUGCAGUGAACAAGAAACCCCUACCGGUGAAUCAGCUGUGUACCGUGGCUUGUAAGAGGACAGGAACACUUCAAUCCAACUUCUGCCCUAACGAUUUCGUGAUCACAGGGAAGGUGACAUCCUUGGUCCCAGGCCCUAGGGGCAGUGUGACUGUGGAUGUGUCUCUCAUCAAGUCCUAUAAGAGUGGCCGCAUGGCCAUCACCAAAUCAGGGCCAGCCAUGUCUGUCAAACUCACCUCCAACUGCAGGAAUUGCCCCAGCCUACGCAAAGGAGCGAACUACGUGCUGAUGGGCAAGGUGGAUGUGCAGGGGCGUGGCCUUCUCAACCCCUCCAGUUUCGCUCUCCUGUACAAGGCGGUCCACGCUAAAGCACUGGCCAAUCUCGCCCGCCAAUCAUGCUGAUCUUACAGCCCAGUCCACCAAUCACAGAGUUGGAAAACCUGCCAUUCCUCCUACUGUACCACUACCAACCUACAACAAAUGUUCAAAUAUGAAAACUAAUUCUAAACGAGCGAAUCAAAAUGAUUCAAAAUGAGGACCAACGACCAAAGAUGGUUUCCGUAAGAUUCGGGGUAAGGGGCUCUUUUAUGAUGUCGUAUUGCUAUUUCGUAUUUUUAUACACUCAGAUAUACUUAUUAGUAUUUGUAUGUAAAUUGUGAUACUUCUGUGAAUAAAGGAUGUAUAUCGCAAAAUA